ACAGACGUCCAAUAUUUCAAGAACAGAGUUUCCAAAGAAUUUCGUCGCAAUAAAACUUUAACUAAACCUGAAGAUAUUAGUUUUGCUUAUAAGAAGGGUGAAGCUCUACUCCGCAAAGGUUCUGUGUUAUAACUAUGCUAAAUUUUAAACGUUUUAGCAAGCUCUUCAACACUCAAUCUUUAAUUUAUUGUCCAGUAGCACCUAAGCAUAUUGAUUUUUCACUUGUACCAAAAAUAAAUGAAUCAGACUUGUCAGAGCAAUUUGUUAGAGGGAGCGGGCCUGGUGGUUCUGCUGUGAAUAAAAAUGCUAACUGUGUAGUUUUAACCCACAAUCCUACAGGAACAGUAAUUAAAUGUCACAUGAGUAGAUCCCAAGAUGAGAAUAGAAAACUAGCUAGAGAAAUGUUAAUUGCCAAGUUGGAUGAAGUUUUAAAUGGAGAAGACAGUGUUGCCGCCCAAAAACGAAGAUUAAAUGAAGAAAAACUUAAGAAAAAUGAAUACAAAAGAAAGAAAAUGGCUAAACUCAAGGAGGAAUGGAAGAAACGAGAAGGAUUAGCUUAGUCAUUGUUUGUUUGAUUUAAUUUGUUAUAAUGUAAUAAAUAUAAAUAAACAUUUUUUUUU